AUGCUAAUUGCCUGUAGGCAACAUUCUGAAGGCGGACUUUCCUUUCCUACCGGCCAGGAUAGUAAGCUGGUGGGCUUUUGCACUGGAGCCUUUGCAGCCGCGGCAGUCAGCUCUUCGAAAGAUCUUGUUCGCUUAAUCCCGGCAGCUGUGCAUGCCACGGUGAUUGCCUUGCAUACGGGGUUAAGAUCCGGACAGGAGGCUCCGCUAAUAGAUGGCAACACCUCGCCUCGAUGCUCUAUGGUCAUUCUUGGCGUUUGUGAGAAUGAGGUAGUUUCCCUGCUUGAACGUUUCAACUCUCGAGAUCCAGCGCCAUCAUCUUCCCACACGUACAUCAGCGCCUUCUCGACAGCCGGUUUGACGAUCAGCGGACCUCCCCAUGUCCUGGCUGAAUUGAGGCGGGAAGAUGCCCUCUCCAAACUCGACACUGUUAUGCUCCCGAUCCACAGUCCUUACCACGCCCCACACUUGUUCUCUGAGGAAGAUGUUGAUUCCAUUGUACAAAAAGCCAACUCCUGGGCACCGAUAAUGUCCGAACAAUCCGUUCCGUUGCUGUCUUGUGGCACCGGCAAUUUUGUCUGGGCAGCAAGCUCGCAGGCCAUGUUGGAAUGCGCUGUUCGCGACGUGCUGACGCGCCCAAUGGUCAUAGACAAGGCUAUCGAACAUCUCGGUGUAGCUUUGAGAGCAGGGUCUCCAAAAGAUAUACUGAUUAUACCAAUUGGCACUGAUGCUGGCGAGACGGUGCGGUGUCGAGUCAGAUCAUUGCUCGCAGACCAUAUUCCCAUGGCCAUUACUUUGACUUCGCAAGCAGUGAGCGUUCCCUCAGACAGCGCGAUGGGCCGGUCGAAGAUUGCCGUCAUCGGUAUGUCUGGGCGAUUUCCGGGAGCAUCAAGCCCAGAGGCACUGUGGGAUUUGCUGCAAAAUAAGUUGGAUAUGUGCCGCGAAGUGCCAGAGCUAAGGUGGAAUGCCCAAACACACGUUGAUCCGUCCGGAAAACGGAAGAACAUGUGCAAGGUCCGCUGGGGUUGCUGGCUGGAAGAGCCAGACCUCUUUGAUGCCGCCUUCUUUUCUAUCUCUCCCCGUGAGGCGCCGCAAGUAGACCCAGCCCAGCGUCUUGCCCUGAUGACAGCAUACGAGGCGAUAGAAGACGCUGGUGUCGUUCCUGGCCGGACGCCGUCUACCCGAGAAGAUCGCGUUGGUGUGUUCUACGGCGUGACAAGCAACGACUGGUGCGAGAGUAAUAGCGGGCAAGACAUCGACGCAUACUAUAUCCCUGGUGCAAACAGAGCAUUCAUACCUGGGCGCAUCAACUACUUCUUCAAAUUCUCGGGACCUAGCUUCGCCGUGGAUACAGCUUGUUCUUCCAGCUUAGCGGCCAUUCACAUUGCUUGCAACUCGUUGUGGAAGGGAGACGUGGAUAUGGCGAUUGCUGGUGGGACCAACGUGCUUACAAAUCCCGAUAUGACCACUGGACUUGAUAAAGGCCAUUUCCUUUCAGCGACAGGCAACUGCAAGACCUUUGACGAAUCUGCCGACGGUUAUUGCAGGGGAGAAGGAGUUGCGACAGUCGUGCUGAAGCGUCUCGAAGAUGCUCUCGAGGAUGGUGAUCCGAUUCAUGGGAUCAUUGGGAGCGCGUAUACCAAUCAUUCGGCGGAAGCGGAGUCGAUCACCCGCCCCCAUGUUGGUGCCCAGAAAGAUAUUUUUGAGCGUGUGCUGAACGAUUCGGGCACUAAUGCCUAUGAUGUGGGCUAUGUUGAGAUGCAUGGAACCGGUACUCAAGCGGGCGAUACAAGGGAGAUGAACUCUGUCUGCGACGUCCUUGCACCAAUAAAUAAACCCCACAAACGACCUGCCGAUCAACCACUCCACCUCGGAGCGCUGAAAUCAAACAUCGGCCACGGGGAGUCCGUUUCCGGCGUAAGUGCUCUGAUCAAGGUGAUAAUGAUGAUGAAGAAGGGAGCGAUCCCACCGCACUGUGGCAUCAAGACCCGCAUAAAUCCGGCCUUCCCUCCAAACCUUGCAGCACGCAAUGUCCAUAUCGAUUUCGAGUCAACCGCUUGGCCACGCUCUCGCGGACUACUAAGAAAGGCACUCAUCAACAACUUCAGCGCAGCAGGCGGAAAUACCUCGAUCUUGGUUGAAGAGUCCUCAAUGGCGUCUGCGAUACCUGCCAAGCAUUGCAAGACUAGGCCGAUAUUUCCUGUGGCCGUCUCUGCGAGAUGUGCGAAGUCACUCAGGGCAAACAUCCAGGCAUUGGUGACCCAUCUCUCGAGAUCUGAAGUUUCUCUCCCACAGUUGUCGUACACUACCACCGCUCGUCGCAUGCACCAUCAGCAUCGUGUCAUCGUGGCCUCUCAUAACAUAGAGUCUCUUAAGUCUCAGUUGAGAGAGGUCAACAAUAGCAAUCAGUGCAGCAGACGUGUCGUCCCACCAAAGGAAAUACUUUUCGCAUUCACUGGGCAAGGUUCGCAGUACCCAGGAAUGGGUAAACAUCUCCUUGAAUCAUUGAGCGUGUUCCGGGACCAGAUCACACGUUUCGAUCAGCUUGCUCGACGUUUGGGAUUCCCUGGAAUCAUGUCACUGUUCAACGCGAGCAGCGGAAAUGACAUCGCCGAAUACCCUCCGGUCGUCGUCCAGCUUGCUAAUACCUGUAUGCAAAUCGCUCUAGCACGUAUAUGGAUUUCGUGGGGGAUCGCCCCAACUGCCGUUGUUGGUCAUAGCCUUGGGGAGUAUGCAGCUUUGAACAUUGCAGGUGUACUCUCGGACUCGGACACUGUUUUCUUAGUCGGUCGCCGAGCGCAGCAUCUGCAGGAGAUGUGCGAGCCGGCAUCGCAUGCUAUGCUCGCUGUCCUUGCAUCAGUAUCCGAAAUCGAGAGUGCUACCCGCGGUGUCAACUUUGAGAUCGCGUGCAUCAAUGCACCCAAAGAGACAGUCCUCGCCGGAACCGCAGCUCAGGUGGUUGAACUACAACAACCACUCGCGGCGGCUGGGAUUCGCAGUACUGUUAUAAAAGUACCUUACGCAUUCCACUCGUCUCAAGUCACGCCAAUCCAGAAUAUUUUCAGCAAGGAUGCACAAGGAGUGGUCUUCCACAAACCUCAUAUCCCAGUCCUUUCGCCUCUUCUUGGCACGACGGUUAGAGAGGUUGGAGUGUUCGGGCCAGGUUAUAUUUCUCGUCACGGCAGUGAGCCUGUGCAAAUGAUGCGAUGUCUUCAAUCUGCAUUUGCAGAAGGUGUACUUACAAAUGCAGCAUAUGCUAUCGAAUUUGGUCCCCAUCCAGUCGUGUCAGGUAUGAUAAAGUCGACACUAGGCUCCGCGCUCACGGCUCUGCCUACUCUGAGGCGCAACGCCGAUCCUUGGGAGGUCUUGACCAAAUCUUUAGGUUCCCUUUACAGCGUUGGCCUACCAAUCAAGUGGGAUGGGUACUUUACCGAUAUCCCAUCGGCUAGGACAGUCAUCGGGCUUCCGUCUUACAGUUGGGAGCUUAAGUCAUACUGGAUCCCCUAUAGGAAUGACUGGACUCUAACGAAGGGCGAUAUUCCAAUCGAUCGCGCCCGUGGUGGUAAUGAUACAAGGGCGCCUCAUCCCUUGCCUGUCCUUACCAAGCAGCUCCAGCCCGCUGUAGUAGAAAUCCCAAAGCUUGAGACCUCUACUAUUCACAGGGUGCUAGAGGAGAAGAUUACCAGCCAUGGCUACGACAUUGUUGUUGAUUGUGAUAUUAACCGUGAUGAUGUGAAGCCAUUUAUAAGGAGCCACAAAGUGGACGGUUUCGACCUCUGUACGCCGGCCGUCUACGCAGACAUUUGCUUCUCAAUUGGCACAUACGUUCUGGAGCGCUUCCAGCCACAUUUCCCAGAAAAAAUUGUCAAUGUCGUUGACAUGGAUAUCCGGAGGGCCUUGAUUGGGUCUCUUGAAUGGAAGCAGUCCUUGCGCUGUACAGCAACAUUUGACUGGGCAUCCAAAGGAGCGAAAGUAUCGUUCACCGUUCAUGAUGGAAACGGAAUUGAAAUUGGACAACUAUCGGCCUGUGAGAUCAAAUUUGUGGACGGCUCCGAGCGGCAGCGACUUCAACGCGAUCUGACGAAUGUGAAGGCACAAUUCGACAGGAUGCGUCGCCAAUGUGCUGAGGGUAAGACUUGCCGCUUCAACGGCCCCAUGGCAUAUCGCUUGGUCUCAGCGUUAGCCCAAUUCAACCCAGACUACCAUUGCAUCGAUGAGGUCUUGUUCGACAGUGCUUCAUACGAGGCUGCCUCCGUAGUCAGCUUCGGCCAGAUGAAGAAAGGCGGCACAUUUCACAUCAACCCGGGUGCCGUUGAUGGUUUAACGCAGUCUGGGGGUUUCGUCAUGAAUGCCAACGACAACACCAAGCUCGAGACAGAUGUCUUUGUGAACCAUGGCUGGGGCGAGUUCCAGCUAUUUGAAAGUAUCCGAGAUGACUGCCAGUAUAGUACCCAUGUCCGUAUGAUGCCUGGAGAGGAAAACCUGUGGACAGGCGAUAUCACGAUUUUCUCAGGAGAUCGAGCAGUUGGUGUGGUUAAGAGCAUCCGUAUUCAAGGUCUUCCUCGGCGGUUGCUGAAGUUCAUCCUUUCACAAGCUUCCAAGCCGCCAAAACCGAAGGCAAAAGAUGCGAAAUCGACUAGUCCCGCAAGUCGCCCUGCCCAACCCUCAGUUUCGAAAGCGCCUCCGGCAGUCAGGGCGGCUUCUGUAAAAGACGUCCCCGUCACUCAGCAAUUCCAGGAGGACUCUCUACUUGCCGCCGGGUCCAUGGUAGCAAGAGCUCUGGAAAUUAUCUCCGAGCAAAGCGGUGUCCCAGCGUCAGAACUUCGAGAUGAUACUCGUUUCGAUGAUAUUGGUAUUGACUCGUUGCUUUCGCUGAUGAUUACAAGUCUGUUCGCGGAAGAACUUGGGAUCAACGCAGAUUCAACCCUAUUCCUGGAGAACGGUACUGUUGCAGACGUAAAGAGAUUCUUACAGGCAUCAGAUACGAGUCCUAAGCCAAUUGAAUCUGGCAGAAGAGCGACACCUGCCGUCCAGGCCGCAAUCACGCCUGUGCCGCAGCAACAAGUGCUAUUGCCAGCACAACCAGCGGCCUCUAAUGUUGCGUCUGAUACAAGCGAUGGCACCACCGACGAUAGGUUUGAUGACGUGCUGAAAAUAAUCUCCGAGGAGGCGGGCGUUGCUCUAGAUCAGCUCUCAGAUGACACCUCGCUCGCAGAGCUCGGGGUGGAUUCUCUCCUUUCCCUCAUGAUUGGGAGUCGUCUUCGCGAUGAGCUAGACAUCGAUGUUGACACGUACUCGGUGUUGUCAUCGCUGGAUUCCGUUCGUGCACUGCGGGAGGUAAUGUUCCCUGCCAAAGGAAUGUUGUUGCAGGUUCCGAGCGUGUCAAGUUCUACAGACUCGAUCCGGUCGACAAGUACACCACCACCGAUAGACACUCCAGGGUUGACCACUCCGCUCUCUGAUGUCGAUUUUCCGCCCAUUGCAGAAGAAGUCCCAGCCACUUCAUCUUUCGUCCUGCAAGGUAAUCCCCGAGCAGCGGCGGAUAUUCUGUUCUUCUUCCCAGACGGUAGCGGCCUGGCUUCAUCGUAUGCCGGCUUGCCAAGAAUCAGAAACGACCUCGUAGUGUACGGGCUAAACUCUCCCUAUCUCAAAAAGGGCCUCUCUAUGAACUGUUCUUGGGAUGGGUUGGUCGGUAGCUUUAUUGUAGAGGUCCGCCGCCGUCAACCUCAUGGACCGUAUAGCUUCGCCGGCUGGUCUGCUGGAGGAAUCAUUGGCUAUCGCGCCGCCCAAAUCCUAAUGAGCGCAGGCGAGACGGUGAAAGACCUCAUCAUCAUCGACUCGCCGCCACCCGAACACCUCAAACCACUGCCGGAGCACUUUUUCGAAUACUGUAGCUCCGCGAAUCUUUUCGGAGGCCAAGGCGGCACGGCGCCUGACUGGAUUAUCUCGCACUUUAGAAGUAUCAACCGCGUUUUGAGCACUUAUUUCGCUGCACCGUUGACCGUGAGCACCCUCCGCAAAGUCAACAUUCUCUGGGCCUGCGAGAGCUCUGUGGAUGAACACUUCCAUCCGCAGCCGGGCGAUCCGGAGGAUAUGAAGUUUUUGACGGAGAAGCGGACAGACUUUACAGCUGGAAAGUGGGGUCGGCUGUUUCCAGGCGUGCCAGUGCGAAUCGACAGGGCAGAGGGCCGGCAUCAUUGGAAUAUUCUGAAGGGCGAAUCAGCCGUCAAUGUGGCCGCGUACAUUGCGAGAGUUCUUGGGUAG